CGUCGCCGUCGACACCAUACGCCGGCCGAUGUAAACGUAGUUGCGCGGGCGCAGGCUUUGGUCAGUCUGUCAAUAUAUUAUCAAAAAGUGAUAGUGUCUAUGCAAAUAAAAAUUCAGUUACUAAAACAAUUUUAACGUGGGAAUGAAGGAAAAUAGGCAGAUGUUUACAGUCAUCGACAGUGAUGUAUACUUUAUAAGAGAGGAGGAAGUGAAAACGCCUUCGAACGUGAUUCCUACGAUCAAUAUCGACAAUAUUGAUAAAGAGGAAGAACGUGUCAAGAAAAAAACAUGGUUAAAAAGCGCGACGCCGGCUAUUGUACAUUAUAUUACUUUGUUCAUAAUAGGAUUGUGUGCCUGGGGUACAUUAUGGUGCGUUUGGGGCGAUGGUUGGGGUGUGAACGGCAACUGGUUUCGGAUUGCUGUCGUUGGCGUCGUGGCCUGGGCUAGUGGUCAAGUGUUUCAAGAGAUCACAACCUUACCUCCACUGCUUGCUGCUCUCUUUACGGGUAUAAUCGCGAGGCAGUUUGGUUUCCUGGACAUGCGACACCAUGCAGAAAUCGAUGUUUUCCUGAGGAAAAUAUAUCCAGUAAUAAUAUUAGGCAAAGGAUCUCUAGCUUGGAAUGUAAAUUACAUGAAAAGAAAUUGGCGUCAAAUUAUACUUUUGGGAACUGUGCCUUGGACUACGGAGGUGGUGGUUCUUACUGUUUGUGUACAUUACUUUCUUGGCUUCCCUUGGUUGUGGGGUAUACUUCUAGGGUCAAUGUAUGCAUCUGUGUCGUGUCCAGUGACAAUGCCGUCUGUAAUCAAACACGGGAAGCUCGCAAAAGGUGCUGUGGAAUGGCCACAACUCAUUUGUACCGCCGGAGGGCUCGAUACCGCCCUCAGUGUUGGAGUGUAUGGUAUCACAUAUACGUAUAUGUUCACUAACGAGGAGAGUGACGUGUAUAGAUUAGUUAAGGCGGGUCUGACUUUGUUCGUCGGGGCAGCGCUGGGCAUCGUGUGGGGCACGCUCGCCAAAUUGGUGCCCGAUUCCCGGGAUUAUUAUGUUACCGAACUACGUGUUCUGUUCGUACUAAUCGGGGGCUUUUUCGGGAACUAUUUCACGGGGGCCAUAGGAUGGGGCGGCACUGGUGGGGUAGCAGUGUUGGCGUGUAACGCUACGGCGGCUUCGCAUUGGGUAAAAAAAGGAUGGAAACUUAAUCAAAACCCAGCUGCGACCGUCUAUAGAAUCUUGUGGUCAGGUUUGGAGCCUCUCGUCUUUGCGUAUACAGGGACAUUUUUCGUGAUUCAUCAUAGUAUUUCAAAAACGAUGCUAGUGGGAUUAGGAAUCUUAUUCUUAUGUCUGACGAUAAGACUGCUAAUUGCUUACCUUAUGUGUUGGAAUUUAAAGUUAAAAGAAAAAUUGUAUGUUUGUUGCACCUGGAUACCCAAAUCUGUUGUUGAGGCUGUACUUUGCCCUCUCACGAUAAGCACAAUAAAUAUGUCUCAAGGAUCUCAUACUGAUGAGCUGGUGUAUGCUGAAGAUCUCAUGCGGCUUGUGGUACAGGCUAUUAUCAUAACAACUCCAAUUGGUUUUCUGUUGACUGAUAAAUUAGGACCCUUAUUAUUGACAGAGAGUGCAAAAAAUGUUGAGCAUGAUCCAAAGCACUACAGAAGAAAAUCGAACCCGGAACCUGUGAAGGAAAUAUAGCUAAAUAUAGCGUGAUCAUGUAAUAUAGCUUUAAUAGUGAUAAAAUAUUAUAAGUUAACUUGUAAUAAAAUUAAUAUAAAAC